GUUUGCGCUCCAGAGGCAAAGUAAGAACAGCUGGAGCUCCGACGACGGACUUGGUAUUCAAAAGUUGCCCGGCUUCCACACGCAGCUCCACGGCAACUAUUCCGCCUGGACCCUGACCUACUGCACACCGGACUAAACACUUCCACGGCCACAGCAUGCCGGGGCUGCUGCUCGGAGACGUGUUUCCUGAUUUCGAGGCAGAGACCACCACCGGCACAAUUAAACUCCACGAAUUUCUUGGUGAUUCAUGGGGAAUCCUGUUCUCCCACCCCAGGGACUACACUCCUGUGUGCACCACAGAGCUGGGCCGAGCUGCCAGACUCAGCACUGAGUUCAGUAAACGCAACGUUAAAAUGAUCGCCCUAUCAGUGGACUUCCUGGAAGAUCACCACGGCUGGGCCAAGGACAUCGUGGCCUACAACUGUGAGGAGUCUGCCUGCUGCUCGCUGCCCUUUCCCAUCAUAGCGGACAGCAAACGGGAGCUGGCAGUCGCCCUGGGCAUGCUGGACCCAGAUGAGAAGGACAAAGAUGGCAUGCCCCUUACUGCCCGCUGUGUGUUUAUUAUUGGUCCUGACAAAAAGUUAAAGCUGUCCCUGCUUUACCCAGCCACCACAGGACGCAAUUUUGAUGAGAUCUUGAGGGUGGUGGACUCGCUCCAGCUCACAGCAGGGAAGCGAGUAGCCACACCUGCCGACUGGAAGCCUGGAAACUGCGUGAUGGUUCCCCCGAGUAUGUCUGAAGAAGAGGCCGCCUCUUUGUUCCCAGCUGGCGUCUACACCAAAGACCUCCCCUCUGGCAAGAAGUACCUGCGCUACACACCCCAGCCAUAAGCACAGGCAGAAAGGAUGCUGAUAUUCAACACUUGCAUCUGUUACGUGGACUGCAAUGUCCACUGCAUGGACAGCGCUCUCACCUGGUUGAUAGACAUCCCAGCUGUGAAUAAGUCCCAGUCAGCAUGGAUGGAAUGAAUACCAGUGCCUUAUGAUAUAGGAUUGAGACAUUUAGUACAACUUCCUCUCCUCAAGCUGCCUACUUUCUAAGAAGACAGAUGGAAAGGAGCUGUCAUGGGGAAAUAGAUUACUAUUUGAAUAAAAGAUUUUUUUUAAUCUACA